AUGCCAUACAAGUUUAUCGUUCCAACACUUUCGCAGUCUCUCAGUGAGACUCACCCAGAUGUGCGUCGUGCCUAUUCUCGCUUGCAGUGGGCUACACAAAAAGUGACACAGGACUCAAAUUUCGAGUACAAGAAACCAAAUGAGCUGCUUCUUCUUGGCUUCGCAAACGGUAUGGAUAUUGGUUAUCAUGACGAUGGAGAGAAGACAUUAGGCCCGACUAUUGUUACCCUUUCUUUGGGAGCAAGAGCGGCCAUGUACAUUCGCAUGAAGAAAUAUUACUUUGAGGGUAUGAGAAGUAAUAAUGAACCCAUCGAAAACGAUCCUGUACUCGAGGGAUGCCGCGAUUAUAAAGCUCGAAAAGAAUUGAAAGAUCGAUACGAGGCAGGCGAACUCAACAGGAUAGAAUAUGCUGAAGAGCGAAUGAAAAUCUUACAACUCACUAAAAGCAGUACAGCACCGACUCUUAUGAAGAUAGAACUUCAUCACGGCCAUAUGCUUGUCAUGAACGGGGCAAACUUACGGAAAUAUUAUGAGCACAUGGUGGAACCUGAGGGAGGACUGCGUUUUGCAGUUACAGCCCGUCAUAUCCUCGAGUCAAAGGUUGAGGCGGCUGACCGUUGGAUGGGCGAUUGUGAUAUCCCUGAAGAUAUGAUCUACGAUGGGAAGUGA